AUGUGGCGCUGCGGAGAGCGUGAUGUUGGUCGUGUUUGGCCGGCAACAGCUGCCGUCACGACUGAGCCUGCCGGACUCCCUCCACGACCACGACACCCACGACUGCGACGCUCUCCUCCUACCUUGACAUCGUUUGAUACGCCAUGUCAGUCAUUCUAUCCCCGGACUCUUCGCUUCCAGUCUAACUGUCGGGUCGUUGCCUUCCGCGCUGUCCCUUACGAUGCGUAUCUUAGGUCCGAGCCUUAUGAUCCCUAUCUUCCCCGCGGCGGCUCCUCGUCCAAUCCCUCCGGACCUUCCGGGGGAAAUGCCAAAACUGCGGCCAUUCAACAACAGAUUGAUGACACCGUCGGGAUCAUGAGGGAGAACAUAACGAAAGUGGCAGAGCGAGGAGAGAGGUUGGACCAAUUGCAAGAUAAGACAGACAAUUUGGCUGUCUCUGCGCAAGGUUUCCGCCGUGGUGCGAAUCGUGUCCGGAAGAACAUGUGGUGGAAGGACAUGAAGAUGCGCAUCAUCAUUGGUGUCGCCAUUGCGAUUAUCAUUGUAAUCAUUGUCGUUUCGAUUGUUAAAGCGACACACCAUUGA